AUGAUGAAGAUCGAGGCGCAACGAACUGCCCUGGAAGGUGCUGGUCUUAAUAUGGAAGUGUUGGGAGUGCUAGAUCAAACUACAAAGGCGCUACAAAUAGCCAAUCAAAACUUUGACCUCGACAAGGUCGGAGAUCUAAUGGACAGCAUAGCUGAAGAUCUCCAGUUGUCCGACGAGUUUGCCAACGCGAUCAGUCAACCAAUUGGUGACAUCCACGAUGAGGAUGAGUUGCUCAAAGAGCUCGAAGAUCUCGAGAAAAACGUGGCGCCUCCUGUGGAACUUCCCGACGUGCCAGCCGGACCCAUCACCCGAUCGCGAGCCAGCCGAGACAAAUUCCGUCGAAUGGACACUGAAAUGGAAGAACUACAGAAAUGGGCUGCAGCAAAUUAA